AUGCUUACUAUAACUAGUUAUUUUGGCUUUCUACUAGCAGCUUUAACUAUAACCUCGGCUCUAUUUAUUGGGUUGAGCAAAAUACGGCUUAUUUAG